AUGGAUUUUGUGCAGAAGUGUGUUAGCCAGACUGUUGACACAUCAUGGAAAGGAGACUCGGACAAUGAGAGACCAAAAGCUGUUCUGAACCUGCUGCCUGGUGGACGAAUAUUCAGUGGAGAAAAAGUCACUUUCACAUGUGAAAUACAAGACACAAGUGAGGACUGGAUGUACAACUGGUUCAAAGAUUAUCAACAACUUAAUUUUGCUGUUGAGAACAGAGAAUAUUCAUUCACUGCUACAGAGUGGUACAGUGGUCGCUACACCUGCAGUGGAGAAAGUAAAAUUCACUCCCAGAACUCAGAGAUCAGUAAUACUGUUACACUGACUGUAUCAGAGAGACCAAAACCUUCAGUGGACAUAAAUCCUGAUAAUCUGGUGUUCACUGGAGAAACUGUCACUCUGAGAUGUGAUAUACAGGAUGGAGGCGUCUCUCUCUGGCAGUACAGCUGGUAUAAAGAUGGUUCUGAUGUCAGUAGUAAUCAGGAGUACAGAAUCAGUGGUGUUGACGUGACCCAUGCAGGAAGUUACACCUGUAAAGGAACAUCAGGCUCACGUUCUACACACAUCAGUGAUGCUGUUAUACUGACUGUAUCUGUGAAGCCUAAACCUAAACUCACAUCCAGCCUUAAUGGAGCAGCACUAACAGGAAACUCAGUGACUCUGUACUGUGAGCUGGAUCCACAAUCUGCUGGAUGGAAGUUUUACUGGUUUAAACACACACAGAACCAUCAGACUGAAUCUACAACACACAGCUACAUCAUCAGCUCAGUUAGUGUUUCUGAUGUGGGUCAGUACCAGUGCAGAGCUAGGCGAGGAAACCCAGUCUACUAUACACACUACAGUGAUGCACUCUGGGUAAAUGUUACUGAGAGUCCUAAAGCUGUGGUGACCAUAAAGCCUGAUAAUCAGGUGUUCAGUGGAGAAACUGUCACUCUCAGAUGUGACAUACAGAGAGGAGGAGAUGCUGAGUGGACAUACAGCUGGAAUAAGAAUAAUAAAGACAUGUAUCCAUACAGCAAAACACAGGAGUUCAGUAUCAGUUCUGUUAGUAAGUCUCAUGGGGGUAAAUACACCUGCAGAGGUGAGAGGAAAAGUGACUCCGAGAAAUCAGAGAUCAGUGAUACUGUUAUACUGACUGUAUCAGACCGACCACAGCUGGUACUGAAUGUAUCUGUACAGAACUGGCUGACUGAAGGAGACUCAGUGACUCUAAGCUGUGAGGUUCGAGGCUCCACUACAGGCUGGAUAUUCAGCUGGUACAAAGUGAUUCAAUACAGAGGAGGCUUCAUUAAAAGAGAAGACUUAGUUCUCCUCUCAGACAGCAGCAGAGGAGCUGGAGGCUCGUACACUCUCAGCCCUGCUGUUCUCAAUCACACAGGGGUUUAUGUAUGUGGAGCAGAGAGAGGAGAACCAGCCUAUCACACACAGUACAGCCAACCACAACCACUGUGGAUCACUGGAGAAUCUGGUCCAGUGUCUUUGAUCAUCAGUCCCAGCAGAACUCAACACUUUUAUGCUGACUCUCUCUUACUGAGCUGUAAAGGACAGAGAAACUCCACUGGAUGGAGAGUGAGACGAUACAGAGAGAGUAAAGAAGUGUCAGAUUGUUUAUCAGAUUGGGAAUCAGCUCCUGGAUCCACAUGCAACAUCAGCUUUCUCCUCAUAUUUAACACUGGAGUGUACUGGUGUCAGUCUGAAUCUGGAGGCAGCAGUAAUCCUGUCAACAUCACAGUGCGCAAUAGUAAAGUGAUCCUGGGGAGUCCUGUCCAUCCUGUGACUGAGGGACAUUCUCUGACCUUACACUGUUUAGCUCGUUACUCAAAACUCAUAACCCACCAUAAUCAUUUCUAUAAAGAUGGUUUAGUCCUCAAGAACGAGACAGAAAAGAUGAUCAUCCACAGUGUAUCAAAGUCAGAUGAGGGUUUCUAUCACUGUAAACACCCAGAGAAAGGAGAGUCACCAAAAAGCUGGAUCUCAGUACGAGGUUCUGGAUCCAGUGGUUUAAUUAUAGGAAUUGCUGUGGGACUGAGUUUGUUCUUGUUGUUCAUCAUCUCAGUGAUUCUGCUGCGCUGCUACAAAACCAAGAAAGGAAAGCAGCAGAACACCAGUGAGAGAUCAGGCCAAAACCAAAUCCAGUCCAGAGAUGAGGACUCUCAGUCAGGAUGCAGACCACUUCAAGACUUUCUUAUAAGAACUGAACAUAUUAAUGACGAUGUAAAGCCAAAGCCUAACAGUGACACAGAUGAUGCUGCAGCUGGACCCAGCAAUGCCAUUUACUCACAGGUCAUCAGGAAAAACAAGAGAACAAAUAAAGAUGAGGAUGCUGGAUCCAGUGACCUGACUUAUGCCGAGCUUGAUCUGAAACCAAAGAUAAAAGUUUUUCUAAAGGCUAACAAUGAGGAUGAAACUGUGUACUCAGUGCUGAUGACCGACUAA